UCAAGAAAACUCGCUUCCUUCCCCCAUCUCCUCUCCUCCUCCUCGCUGACGAACUCUCUCUUUUUCCAUCUAAAGAAGAAAUCCAGCAGAGGACCAACCCAUCAGCCAUGGCCGAUGAGAGGGAGAAGCCAGAGGAGAAGGAGAUCAAGAUCCCUGUCUUCUCUGUUCUCAAGAAGGGCAUCGUCCUCAAGAACAUCAUCCUCAACAUCCCUCCACCGGAACCAAUCCCCUCCACCAAAUCUCAUGAAAAUGGCGACAUCUCCAACCGGGAAGCGGAGCCUGUGCUUUUUGGCCGACAUCCAGACUGCCACAUCGUGCUCGACCACCCGAGCAUCAGCCGUUUCCACCUCGAGGCCCGUGCAAUUCCAUUUCUGCAGAAGCUUUCGGUUACCGAUCGUUCUUCGGUUCAUGGGACUUGGGUAUCGGGGACCCAGAUCCCACCAAAUGUGCCUAUAGAACUGGUGGAGGGAGACACGGUGAGGCUUGGUGCUUCAACCAGGGAAUACAGGCUUGAAUGGGUUCCUCUUAGCCGUGCCUUUGAAAUGGAAAAACCUUUGUCGCCAUUGCUCGAAGAGAAGGAAGAAACUCAUCAGGAGGAUAAACCUGGGCAGCUGAUCACUGAUCUAAAUGAACAAUGGGAUACAGUGAUCCCUUCAGCACCUCCCAUGCCAGACUCCAUGAACCCUUCACCUUCUGAUGUACCAUUUUCAUUGCCUGUCAAAGGAGAAGAACAGAGCCCAGAAAGGAAAGGGUCAAUGGAGGAGAACUCCUCGAGCUUCUUUUCGGCUACUCUACUGCAAGAAUCUGUGGGUUCUUCGUUUCCCAGGGAGGAAGAGAUUGGGUACCCAGAAAGAAGGCAUCCAAGCCCGGUGAGAUCUGAGAAGCGGGCAUCAAGCCUCCUGUCAAGAAGGAGCAAAUCUAAAACUGUGAGCUUUCUUCGCAUACAUACUGGGAGGAGUAGAGAAAAUAUUAGCAACAUGAGCUUUGAUGCGGAGGUGGAAGUAGGAGUCGAGAAAGAGAAUGGAGCACUUUGUGAAAAGGACAAGCAAGAGGAAACAAUGUGUAGGGCUUUGCCUGUCAAUUUGGGUGGAAAAGAGGAGGAGAAAGAAGAAGAAGAAGAAGAAGAAACUUUUGGGUCAGAUAAGGAGAAUGUGACCCCAAUGGGCUCCAUUAGCCGAAAGUCGAAGAGCAGGUGCCCAGAUUUACGGAGAUCAUCCUCGAUGGUUACUACAUAUUUGAAUAUGGAAGAAGAUGCGUUUCGUUCAGAUAUGGAGAAUUGGAGACCUGAAGUGCUUAGGGACCUGAAGCUAAAUGAGCCCACCUAUGAGAAUGUGGUGAAGAACGAAAGGGAUGAUGAGAUGUAUGGUUCAGAUAAGGAGAAUUUGACACCAGGUAUCUCUUCAGGUCAGAAGAUUAAAGAAAAUAGCUGCAAACUGCUGCAGAGAUCACCUUUCAACACCAUUACAGCUUCAAAUGUGGUUGAUUCAGAUAAAGAAAAUAGGACACCUGAAAUUUCUCGAGAGAUGAAGUCAAAAAAACCAAACUUUGGAUGUCGCAUGAAGAUUGAAGAUGAAGAAGAUGAAGCAUUUCCUUCAGAUAAAGAGAACUGGACUCCUCAGAUCUCACUCUCUGCGAAGGCAAAGGAAAUUUCCUCCAAAAGCAGUGCUCAAAUUGAAAGAGAGAUGAUGAGGAAAGGGGCUGAUAGGAUGCCAUUGCAGACAUUGUUCGAGAAUCCUAGUUCGAGAAAAAGCAGUUUUGUCGAUGAUGCCCAAAGGAAUGCCAGUGAUGGUAACUGCACUUCUAUCAACCAUACUCAAGGAAUUGGAGAUGAACUGAAUUGCUGUUUUAUCCAAGCCAUGGAUAAGGAUAGAGAGGGGAAGAAGAUAUGGAACAUGGUGGUGGAUACGAGUUGUCUGCUGGAUGAUGAAUCAAGAAGGUCUCUGCAGCUAUUAGAAGGCCUAAAAGGGACUCACCUCAUCAUCCCAAGGAUUGUUAUAAGGGAACUCGACAGCCUCAAACGGCGUGAGAGUCUCUUCAGAAAGUCAACAAAGGCUUCUUCAGUAUUGCAGUGGAUAGAGGACUGUAUGGUGCAGACAAGUUGGUGGAUUCAUGUUCAGAACUCAAUGGAGAUCAUGCCUGUGGCACCAACUCCCCCUGCUUCUCCUCAAUCACUAAUAAUAGGCAAUGGAAGUAGCAACUUUGGUGCUGAUGCUUCGAGUUGUAUGGCUUUCUCUGCUUGGGGAAGUUUGAUGGAGAUUGUCUCUCCAACUGCUGAAGACCAUAUCCUUGAUUGCGCAAUGAUGUUCAAGAAAAUAAUAGUUGGACAGCUUGUCCUUCUAUCUAACAGUGUCACACUAAAAAUUAAAGCCAUGGCAGAGGGAUUCAUUUGUGAGUCGCCAAAGGAAUUCCGUGAGAGCCUUGUGAACCCAUUUUCAAAGAGAUUUCUGUGGGUGGACAGCAGCCCAAGAGGAUCCACUUGGUCUUGCUCAGAUGAGACAGGCCUAGUGGAUAACUACCACUACCAACGCCCAUCCGUGAGAAAGGCAGUGAAGGCAGCCGAGGCUGUCAAAGGAUUGAAACUUAUACUGCUGCAUAAUUCUCAUUAUGGACAGACCAACUCGGUCAAGUAAUCAUCAGUUGUUUAAACUUUUGUAGAUUCAUUACUAGCAGAGGAUUAAAAAUUCGCAUUCAUUACUUGUUCAAAUUUCUAGAUUGUAUCUUGUUACCAUUGUACACAAAUCUGGUCGAGAUGGUACACAGAUUGCUGAUAAAUCUAAUAUCUUGUCCUAGUUUUUUUGUGAA